AUGGCGUGCUCACUUCCACUCCCGCUCCACGCCCCCCUCUCCUCGUCGCCUCGUAUCCUCUCCUACCUCCCCGCGCCCAGAACCCUCCCUCUGUUCCGUCGAGGGCCUAGGGUUCCGCGCCACCGCCCCCCGUCCCCGCCUCGCGCGCUCCCGGAUGUUGCUGCGGGGGCCGUGGCGGGCAUUCGGGACGCGCUCGCCGACGCCUUCUUGACGUCGCCGCCGACGUGGCGGUCCGCCGCAGCCAGCAACCUCGCCGUCUUUGUCGCCGGAUCGCCGGUGCUCCUCUCGGGCCUCUCCGCCUCCGGUUUCGCCGCCGCCUAUCUCCUGGGCACCCUGACGUGGCGCGCGUUCGGGGCCCCGGGUUUCCUCCUCGUUGUCGCCUAUUUCGUUGUGGGCACAGUGGUUACUAAGUUGAGGAUAAGACAGAAGGAAGCUCUGGGAGUAGCAGAGAAAAGAGGUGGAAGAAGAGGACCUGGAAGUGUUAUUGGUUCUAGCGCUGCCGGUUGUGUUUGUGCCCUACUAUCAAUAUAUCAUGCUGGUGGUACAGCGUCCUCUGAGCUCUGGAGACUGGGCUUUGUUGCUAGUUUCUGUACUAAACUAAGUGAUACAGUUUCAAGUGAAAUAGGGAAGGCUUUUGGAAGAACAACUUACCUGGUGACAACAUUAAAGAUUGUUCCUAGAGGUACAGAAGGUGCAAUCAGUAUUGAGGGUACUAUUUCUGGAAUUCUAGCGGCUGUGUUUCUUGCAGGUGUUGGUUAUCUUCUUGGGCAGGUGGAUGUAUCACAAGUUGCGGUAUGCGUUCUUGCCUCUCAGAUUGCAAAUUAUGUUGAGAGCUAUAUUGGGGCGACUUUACAAGACAAGGAAGGUUUUGAAUGGCUGAAUAACGAUAUUGUCAAUGUACUGAAUAUCUCCAUUGGUGCCAUAUUGGCUCUUCUAACGCAGCAGCUGCUCGUGAAUUGGAGAUCUUAA